AUGGAGAAAAGUCAGUGGGAUCUCAAGAAGAUCCGUUUUCAACAGAAAAGGCUGACCAGAUUGGAUGACUUUGUGCACACCUACAAGGUGAUGCAUGAAGGUCUUCUACGAGAGUACCAAGACUCUCUAAAAAUCAAGACCAAGACCCACAGGGUUGCCGUUGAAAGGUGGAAACAAAGGAAGCAGGGGAGGAGAGGUGUAUAUGUCUCACCAAUGAAGAAGCCUUUUGAUUUCAAGAAACAUGAAAAGCAGAAGGUUUUAAAGACGAAGACAUCAAACCAGACUGAGGUCCAGGAGAAGUUCAUAAACACCAACGAACCAACCAACAAAACAGAUGUUGACACUUUGUUGGAGGAUGCACCGCCACCACCACCCAUGCUGGACACCCACCAAGACAAGAGGUUGUCAGUUACACUGUCAGAAGACCUCACAGUAUGUGUGUGGAAAGCAGAUCUGACUAUGUUUGACGUGGACGCAGUUGUCAAUGCUGCUAAUACGAUCUUGAGUCAUUCUGGGGGGCUUGCACUGGCUUUAGUUAAAGCUGGAGGGCCAGAUAUUGUUGAAGAGAGUGACCUGCAUAUUCGUAAGUGUGGCAAACUGAAACCUGGCCAGGCGGUAGUCACAAGUGCUGGUAAUUUACCAUGCAGAUAUGUCAUUCAUGCCGUUGGCCCCAAAGUCACAAUUAAUCCACCCCCAACCAUGCUCUCCAAAGGCAAGGGGACUUUAAAAAAGGCCAUAGAGAGCAUCUUGCAGAAAGUAAGAGACCUUAACAUUCAGUCUGUUGCUAUUCCAGCAAUAAGCUCUGGGAUUUUCAAUUUUCCAUUGGGACUGUGUGCAGACAGGAUAGUGUCCACAAUAAAGGAGGUCCAUGAUCACAAGAAGCUCAAAACUCAACAUCGUGUGGUUCAUCUUGUAAACAACGAUGAGCCAUCUGUCAAAGAAAUGGAAAGGGCCUGCCUGGAGAUAUUAGUAUCACCAACUUCAGAAGCCACAGUCUCAGUCUCUGCCGAAGAGUAA